UCUUCGAUAAUAGCUAUCUAUAUAAAAUAAAUUCAAAGAAGAAUUUUAUAUACGUCGGCGAUAAACAGCACAGAUAAGAUAAUAGCGUAAGCCCAGAAGAAACUAAGACAGGUUAAUCAUCGGACCAGACAACAGAUCUGGUGGAGAGUUGGUAUUGGUUGGUCAUCGCUUCGCUUUCAAAAAUAGUGGAAUGGCAUAAUGUAAACGGCACAUACGUCUGCACCAGAUUUUAUUUACUUAUUUUAUUUAUAGCCUUGCUUGUCUUGUCUUAUUUAUUGUACCACUUCCUCAAUCAUUGUUAUAUCCGAAGAAAUCAAGGAAAGCAAGAGAGGUGCAGAAAGAUAACCAAAGAACAAAGUUAAGAGCAUAAUUAGGAACAAGGAAUAAACAAUAUGUGUUGCUGCUGCUGUGAUGACGAUUGUGAAUGCAGGCCUUUAGGCUUCCUCUUGGGUCUGCCCUUUGCGUUUUUAUCCCUCCUUAUCUCCAUGGUCGGCAUAAUCGUCUGGAUUGUAGGGUUGGUGUUGACUUGCAUCUGCCCGUGUUGCUUGUGCGUAACAAUCAUAGUAGAGUUUGCACUCUGUUUGAUCAAGGCUCCCGUUCUGGUCAUGAAGUGGUUCACCUCUAAGAUCCCUUGUUAGAACUAUUGAAUUCUAUAUUGAUUUCAUUUAUGGUUUUUGUUAUAAAGUAGUAACCAUUGUUGAUUGUUCUUCCUUUUCGGCUCAAUCUUUGAUUAAUUAUGAAAUCUUAUUUCAUUCAUUUAGUAA